AUCAGGGCUCACCUCACUGGGUAUGGAGGGCAAUUUGCAACAGCCUAGCCCGUCAAUGGAGCCUGAGGGACUGGGGGACAGCCAGGGCCUGGCUGAACUGCAAGAGCUGGCCUUGAAGUGGGUCAUGGAAACACAGGCUCCCGUCAUCCUGCAGAACGGAGCCUUGCCAUUGUGGUUCUAUGGCUUCAUCUCCCGCAAGUAAGGCGGUCGGGUACUCAAAGACAAAGCUCCCAGAUGCUUCCUCUUCUGCCCCAGCGAGCAGGCCACAGGCUACAUCUUAUCCUACAGGGGCAGUGACCAAUCCCAGCAUUUCAUCAUCAACCAACUCCACAACCGGCGCUACCUUGUUUCAGCGGACAACUGCAGCCACAGUACCCUGGCCGAGCUCGGGUGCCACUACCAGCAGGUGCAGCUUGAGCCCUUUGGGGAGACUCUAGCUGCUGCCUGCCCUCGGGUAGAGGACAAUGAUUUAUACGAUGCCAUUGCCCUGGGCCUCCAGCAGACCCAUUUGGGCCUGGAAACUGCACCUGCCACGGUGGCCUCCACCAUGGUCCCAAACAAGGCUGCCAGCCCCCGUCCCUCUCCAGGGCCCCAAGCCUCCUUUACUUUCUCAAAGAGGAGCCUGGAAAGGAGUCCCUGGAUCUUCUCCAAGGAGGAAAGCAAAGAGGUGAGAUGGGGAGCCUGGGCUACCGGGGAGGACCCCACCACGAUGCCCUCUGUCCCUGAGAAGGGGACCUCCCUCCUGGCUUGGAUCCUGGGAGGUCCCAGUGACAUCACCUACACGGGCCUAAAGAAGAAAGAGCAGGGGCCCGGCGGCGUGGCUUAG